GUCAUUCAUUGUUCAUCUAUUAUCUUUGAAUAUGUAAUUAGUAAAACAGCCUAACCGUAAACACGAUACAUUAUAAUAAUGUAUUCCUGUAGUCAUUUGUAAUGUUCAAAAUAUUACUUAUGUGUUGUAAAUACAUUUCUAGAUACUUUACACUGAGCUGACUUUUAGUCUGUUCUGCAGUUUUAUAAUACGGACUCUUAGGGCCGCUGUUGACCAGAGUGUUGAUGUUGAGUGUUGUAACAGCACCUCCCAUGUAACAUCACCACAGUGCAGAGAAAACACGACGGGAAAAGAACGGAAGGUUCUGGUUGUUGAGAAUUUUUUAAAAAGAAGAAGAAAGAUUUUGAUCUGCAAGACUUUCCUCCAAUGAGUCGGUUAUGCAGCUGUUGAUUUGAGAUUUGACCUGUGGUAUCUGUUUUUGUAUGGAAUAUAAGCAGACUGGAGUCUAACUGGGGCAAAAUGGAUAGAACAAUGAAUCGGCAAGUACUGUUGUGUAUCACUCUCCUUUACUUUGACUCGGUGUUGGGGCAGGUCAGCUACUCUAUUCCGGAGGAAAUGGCGAAAGGCUCUUUGGUGGGCAAUGUAGCGCAAGAUUUAGGUUUAGAAAUAAAACGUUUGAUGUCAGGUAAAGCUAAGAUCUAUACGAGGAACACCGACGAGUACAUCGAGCUGAGCAGAGAGAGAGGAGUCCUCCUCGUCAAAGAGAGAAUCGACAGAGAGGUGCUUUGUACAGAGACGGCAAUUUGCGCUUUACAUUUCCAGAUUAUUUUAGAGAAUCCUAUGGAGUUUUACACUGUUACCGUCCAGAUCACAGAUAUCAAUGAUAAUUCACCGACCUUUGAGAAAAAUGAGAUGAAAUUCAAAAUUAGCGAGUCAGCGAUCAACGGAGCAAAAUUUGUGCUAGAAAGGGCGGUGGAUCUUGACGUUGGAAUUAAUGAUAUUCAAAACUACAAUUUAAAACCAACAGAUAAUUUUGCUCUGAAACUGCACAAUAACGCUGAUGGAAAUAAAAACGUUGAAAUUGUGCUACAAAAACAUUUAGAUAGAGAGGAACAAGAGCAGAUAUCUCUUGUGUUAACGGCUGUAGAUGGAGGAGAGCCGCAGAUGUCUGGAACAAUGCUGAUUGUCAUUACAGUUUUAGACGCUAACGAUAACGCCCCCGUUUUUACACAGCCAACAUACAAGGCCACAGUUACUGAGAAUUCACCUAAAGGCACAAUUGUUGCCACUGUAACAGCCUCCGAUGCAGAUCAGGGUUCUAACGCUGAAAUAACUUAUUCAAUCACAAAUACAUUGGACAAUAUCAGGACGUUAUUUGACGUAACUAAAGAAAACGGCGAAAUUUCAAUAAUUGGAAACAUUGACUUCGAAAAGUCAAGACACUUUGAAAUAAAUGUACUUGCUAGUGACGAUGGAGGACUUACAGAUUCUUGUAAAUUGAUUGUCGAUGUGCAAGACGUGAACGACAACAAGCCUGAAAUAAACAUAAUGUCGAAAUCAACUGUGAUAUCAGAGGAUGCCAAACUCAAUACUGUUGUUACAAUGAUAAAUAUAGAGGAUUUAGAUUCAGGAGAAAACGGAAUCGUGAAAUGCUUUAUUAGCGAAAACAUACCCUUCACUCUAAAAACAUCGACAAAUAAUUUCUAUAGUUUGGUGACAGACAAUUAUUUAGAUAGAGAGAGAUCCUCUGAGUAUAAUAUAACUGUGACCUGUUCUGAUGAGGGAGUGCCCUCCCUCUCCAGCAGCGUCACUUCAACCUUACAGAUCUGAUGAAUGAUAACGCGC